CGCUUUGCAAACGUCCGGGCAGGGACAGCCACGGCCGUGACGGUGCCCCCGCGGUUUCCAGGAUGGCUGGGACCUCUCCGGAGGUUCCUUCACUCGGGAUAACAGGCAGAGCACGGAGGAGACCAGCGCCCCUGGGACUAUGCUUUGGAGCAGCCUGAGCAAAAGACGUGGCCGAGUUUGCCCUAAGCAUGGAUAACAGCAGCGGUCCUUUUCUUCUCCCCACUUUACUGCUCCUACUGCAGAACAUGAGCAACCCUGAAUCCUCCAUCCCUCCUGCUGGCUAUGAGGUGACAGAAUCUCCACUCACAGGACCCGGCUCAAGCAGGAACCACACUCUCUUGGACUAUGGACUGAGGCCGGGGGAGAUGGCAGCGGCCGGCAUCGUCUGGGGAGUGCUGUGGCUGGUUUCCGUCUUGGGAAACUUCCUUGUCUGCUUAGUGAUCCACAGGAGCAGGAGGACACAAUCCACCACCAACUACUUUGUGGUCUCCAUGGCUUGUGCAGACCUGCUCACCAGUGUUGUGAGCGCGCCCUUCCUGCUGCUCCAGCUGACCUACGGCAGGUGGAUGCUGGGGAACGGGAUGUGCAAGCUGGUGAGGUACAUCCAGUACCUCACCCCGGGGGUCCAGAUCUACGUGCUCUUCUCCAUAGGGGUGGAUCGGUUCUACACCAUUGUCUAUCCCCUGAGCUUCAAGGUGUCCAGGGAGAAGGCCAAGAAAAUGAUUCUGGCCUCUUGGCUCUGCGGUGCUCUCUUUGCAUCACCAGCUUGUUUUCUCUACGGCUCCAACAGCGAUCACCACUGCAGCUUUUUUCUGCCCAGUUCUUGGCAAGGAGCUGUCUACAGCAUCACCCACCUCUCGGUGGUGUUUCUGAUCCCAUCCCUCCUCAUUAUCCUCUUUUACAAGAAAGUAAUUAAGUACAUUUGGAGAAUAGGCACAGAUGGAAUGACUGUCAGGAGGACAACGAAUACCGUCCCAAGAACAAAAGUGAAAACCAUCAAGAUGUUCUUAAUGUUAAACUCGGUGUUUCUCCUGUCCUGUCUCCCUUUCUACGUGGUACAGCUGUGGCACCCACGGGAAACAGACUACAGAAAGAGCUCCUUGGUUUUCCUGGCUGUCACCUGGAUCUUUUUUAGUUCCUCAGCCUCCAAGCCAACCCUCUACUCCAUCUAUAAUGCAAACUUCAGAAGGGGGAUGAAAGAAACUUUUUGUAUGUCUGCCAUGAAGUGCUACAGAAGCAACGCAUACACCAUCACCACCAGCUCCAGGAUAGCCAAAAAAAAUCAUGUUGGCAUUGCAGAUAUUCCAGCGACGGCCAAAAGUGUCACCAAAGACUCCACCUAUGAUGCUUUUAACAGGGAAGCCAAGGAAAGAAAGCUUGCCUGGCCUAUUCCAUCCAAUCCCCCAAACACAUUUGUCUAAUAGACUUCAUUGCUUUGAAAAGUUACCAUGUACCCCCAGAAGAAGGAGUCUUCUCUCCCUUUUGAACCAAUGUAUAGUUACAUAUUUUUAACACAGGUUUUAAGGGGGGGGGGAGAGAUGUUUUAUUUUAUUAAAUGCUUUGGGUUUGAUGUA